AUGAUUCUUUCCAGAAAAAAGGCUUCUGCUAGAUUACUCGAGUACCGGAAAUAUCGAUAUGGCAAUCCUCAUGGUGUUCGAGGUGAAUAUUCCCGUGCUGAGUGUUCCACUCCUGAUGAUACCGAUUUCUUUUGUGCGUGCUUCAAUUAUGUAACCAUACUUCUCCCGGAGCCGAGAAGCUUCAUUUUUUCUCCAGAACGAGGAUUUCUCUAUGAAUAA